UCGAAUAACAGCCACCAUGUCCCGCGACCGGUGCAGUGUAACCGAGUGAUACUGGCAUGCCAGGAUGUCGCAGGCUGCCGGCAAGAAGGGCAAGGGUCCGCCGAAGAAGAACGAUGAUGACAAAAACCCACCAGCGAAACCCACGGAGGAGAAAGAUGAAACGUCUUCCAACAAUGGCGAUAAGAAAGAGGUUAAGGAAGGCAACGGAGUGGAUGUUGUCAAGCCGCCAAGCGCCGGGAUCAACAUGCGGGAAGUGGCCAGCAAGAUCCUGGUGCUGGCGCAGAAGGGAGAGUGGCCGGCUGUGGAGCAGACCCUCAAGGUCUUGGAGAAGUUAGUGGCUGCCGGUGGUGAGGAUACCGUCACGGUUCCUAUGGCCGGGAUCUUGGAUCCGACCACCGGCAUGACACCGCUAAUGUACGCAGUGAAAGACAACAGGACGUCGUUUGUGGAGCGCCUCAUUGAACUCGGCUCGGACGUGGGUGCUAGGAACAAUGACAACUACAACGUGCUGCACAUAUCCGCCAUGUAUUCCAGAGAGGACAUCGUCAAGCUGCUUUUGUCAAAAAGAGGAGUCGAUCCUUUCGCCACUGGAGGGAGCCGACAACAAACAGCAGUGCACAUUGUGGCGAGUCGACAGACUGGCACAGCGACCAGCAUACUUAGAGCUCUCCUCACUGCUGCUGGCAAAGACAUACGGCUCAGGGCAGAUGGGAGGGGCAAGAUCCCGCUGCUGCUUGCGGUGGAGGCUGGCAACCAGAGCAUGGUGCGGGAGCUGCUCAGCGCGCAGACCGCAGAGCAGCUGAGGGCAUCUACUCCUGCGGGAGAUACGGCUUUGCACCUCGCAGCCAGAAGACGAGACGUGGAUAUGGCUCGGAUACUAGUGGACUACGGGGCGGUGGUGGACGCUACCAAUGGAGCUGGUCAGACCGCCCUUCACAUAGCAGCCGCGGAAGGAGACGAACCACUAGUGAAAUACUUCUACGGAGUGAGAGCCAAUGCUGCUAUAGCUGAUAAUGAAGACCGCACUCCAAUGCAUUUGGCAGCAGAGAACGGACAUGCAGCCAUCAUCGAACUCCUGGCUGAUAAAUUCAAGGCUUCCAUAUUCGAAAGAACGAAGGACGGCAGCACGUUAAUGCAUAUUGCAUCACUCAACGGCCACGCUGACUGUGCCAUGAUGCUCUUCAAGAAAGGAGUGUACCUUCAUAUGCCAAAUAAGGACGGAGCCAGGAGCAUACACACGGCCGCGAGGUAUGGCCAUGUGGGCAUUAUCAACACACUACUCCAGAAAGGCGAAAGUGUUGACGUCACUACUAAUGACAACUACACUGCACUGCAUAUAGCGGUGGAGUCCUGCAAACCAGCGGUAGUGGAAACCUUGCUGGGCUACGGAGCGGAUGUCCACAUAAGGGGAGGGAAGCAAAGAGAAACCCCUUUACAUAUAGCUGCGAGAAUACCAGACGGUGAUAAAUGCGCAUUAAUGCUGUUAAAAUCCGGCGCUGGUCCGAAUAAGGCUACCGAGGAUGGCAUGACACCAGUUCACGUCGCGGCAAAGUUUGGAAACUUGGCUACGCUAAUACUCUUACUUGAAGACGGAGGGGACCCGUUGAGAAAAACUAAGAGUGGAGAAACACCUCUACAUAUGGCUUGUCGUAGUUGUAAGCCCGAUGUUGUCCGGCAUUUAAUAGAAUUCAUCAAAGAACAUAAAGGGGAAAAUAUUGCCAUAGCAUACAUUGACGCGGUCGAUGACGACGGAGCAAGUGCUCUACACUUCGCCUGCAAAAUUACUAAAGAAGAAGUAAAAAUACCAACAGCAGAUAGACAAGUUGUCAAAUGCCUCAUAGAGAAUGGAGCUGAUGUGUCUUUACAAACAAGGCAUAACCACGAAACAGCAUUCCAUUUCUGUGCUGUCGCCGGCAACAAUGAUGUCAUGACAGAAAUGAUAACCCACAUAUCAACAGCCGAUGUCAGCAGAGCCCUGAACCGACAAAAUUCGAUAGGCUGGACACCGUUAUUAAUAGCCUGCAAUAGAGGGCAUAUGGAACUUGUUAGCACUUUGCUCUCAAAUCAUGCAAGAGUGGAUGUUUUUGAUGUAGAAGGUCGAUCAGCGUUACAUUUAGCAGCGGAACAUGGGUACUUACAAGUAUGCGAUGCGUUACUAACAAACAAAGCUUUCAUAAAUUCAAAAGCAAGAAAUGGCAGGACAGCACUUCAUUUGGCAGCUAUGAAUGGUUUCGCGCAUUUGGUUAAAUUUUUAAUAAGAGAUCAUAAUGCUGUGAUCGAUGUUUUAACUUUAAAGAAACAGACACCUUUACAUUUGGCCGCUGCGAGUGGACAAAUGGAAGUUUGUAAACUUUUGCUAGAACUCGGAGCGAAUAUAGACGCGACUGACGAACUCGGUCAGAAACCCAUUCAUGCGGCAGCGCAAAGCAACUACUCGGAAGUUGUUCAAUUAUUUCUACAACAACAUCCGAACUUAGUGAUGGCGACAACAAAAGAUGGAAACACGUGUGCCCAUAUAGCAGCAAUUCAAGGAUCAGUGAAAGUGAUCGAAGAAUUAAUGAAGUUCGACAGGACUGGAGUUAUUUCAGCGAGAAAUAAAUUAAACGAUUCUACGCCACUGCAAUUAGCUGCCGAAGGAGGCCACGCAGAUGUUGUAAAAGUGUUAGUGAGAGCAGGAGCGUCGUGUACUGAAGAAAACAGAGCUGGAUUAACAGCUGUGCAUUUGGCAGCAGAACACGGCCAUACAAAUGUAUUGGAUGUUAUGCGAUCAACUAAUACUUUGAGAAUAUCUAGUAAAAAAUUAGGAUUAACGCCACUUCAUAUAGCCGCAUAUUAUGGCCAAGCUGAAACAGUUCGGGAGUUGUUAUCUCACGUUCCCGGAACCGUUAAGUCAGAAGCUCCCUCGGGGGUAUCUUUAGUCCCAGAGUUGGGAGCAGAGUCUGGGUUGACGCCACUACAUUUAGCGGCUUACAAUGGUAAUGAGAAUGUUGUGCGAUUACUUCUCAACUCUGCUGGAGUUCAAGUGGAUGCGGCUAGUAAUGAAAAUGGGUACAAUCCACUUCACCUCGCGUGCUUUGGAGGCCAUAUGUCUAUCGUCGGCCUUUUGCUUAGCAGAUCUGCAGAAUUACUUCAAAGCACGGACAGACAUGGAAAAACUGGUUUACAUAUCGCAUCGACGCACGGACAUUACCAAAUGGUAGAAGUGUUGUUAGGUCAAGGCGCAGAAAUCAACGCCACAGACAAAAAUGGCUGGACACCACUCCAUUGUGCUGCUAAAGCUGGACAUCUAAACGUCGUGAAGUUAUUAUGUGAAUCUGGAGCAUCGCCAAAAAGCGAAACUAAUUUAAACUGUGCGCCUAUUUGGUUUGCCGCGUCGGAAAACCAUAAUGACGUGCUUGAAUACUUGCUACAUAAGGAACACGAUACGCAGUCCCUUAUGGAUGACAAACGAUUCGUGUACAACCUCAUGGUGUGUUCCAAGAAUCACAACAAUAUCCCGAUUGAGGAGUUUGUGUUGGUGUCGCCGGCUCCAGUAGACACCGCAGCCAAAUUGUCCAACAUUUACAUCAACUUAUCCACUAAGGAAAAGGAGCGUGCCAAAGACCUUAUAGCGGCGGGUAAACAAUGCGAGGCGAUGGCCACCGAACUGCUUGCGCUAGCGGCCGGUGCAAACUCUGCCGGUCACAUCCUAACCGCCACUGACAACAGAAAUAUUGAAUUCCUCGACGUUUUAAUAGAGAACGAACAAAAAGAGGUCAUUGCCCAUACCGUGGUCCAAAGAUAUCUUCAGGAACUCUGGAGAGGGAGCCUCAAAUGGACUGGCAUCAAAAUUAUGUUCCUUUUUGUCGCGUUCAUAAUAUGUCCACCAGUUUGGGUGGUGUUCUCUCUUCCAUUAGGCCAUAAAUAUAAUAAGAUACCAAUAAUUAAAUUUAUGUCGUAUUUAACAGCGCACAUAUACCUUAUGAUAUUGUUAGCGCUAGUAGCUAUAACGCCUAUUUAUAAUUCUAUAUUUAGAGAGAGUCUGGUGCCGAGGUGGUAUGAGUGGAUGUUACUCAUAUCUUUAAGUGGUCUUCUAUUAUUUGAACUUACUAACCCCAGUGAUAAAUCUGGUCUAGGUUGGAUAAAGAUAGCUGUAUUAUUAAUAGGUAUGAUAGGCGUAGCAACACACGUUAUUGGUUGGAUAUUUGUUCUACCCAAGUAUUGGCCCACGUUAAUGUACUGUAGGAACCAGUGUUUUGCGUUAUCAUUUCUAUUAGCGUGCGUUCAAAUAAUGGAUUUCCUAUCGUUCCAUCACCUGUUCGGACCGUGGGCGAUCAUUAUCGGGGAUCUAAUGAAAGAUUUAGGAAGAUUUCUCGCCGUGUUAGCAAUAUUCGUAUUUGGCUUUUCAAUGCACAUAGUAGCAUUGAAUCAGCCGUUCAGAAAUAUAAAUAAAGCCGAGGACAAUAAGUACGCGCGACAAGCAAGACGGAAGCUCUUCUCCGACGACACUCUACGAAUGAAACGUCAAGUACUCGAUACGCCGUGGCUAAAUAAACUGCCCGGCGAGUCUUACAGACGGAAACAAGGUCCAGCGGGACCGACGUUGUCACCGGUCGAGGCGUUCGAGAAAUUGUUCUUCGCCCUUUUCGGCCAGAUCACGUUGUCCGACCUGAACUACGUGUCGAGCUUGCGACCGUACUGGACGUCGAACCUGUUCAAGUUCGUGUUCGGCGCCUACUUACUGAUGUCUGUCGUCGUAUUGAUAACGCUCCUCAUUGCGAUGAUGUCGGACACUUACCAACGAAUACAGGCCCAAUCAGACAUAGAAUGGAAGUAUGGCCUGUCGAAGUUGAUUAGGAAUAUGCACAGGACAAACACAGCUCCAUCUCCACUGAAUUUGGUCACUACCUGGUUGAUGUGGCUUAUAGCUAGGUGUAGAGAAAGGCUUAGUAAGAAGAAGAGGCCCAGCCUAGUGCACAUGAUCGGUCUUCAGCGACAGGAUCAGAUGAGUGCCAGGUCUAAAGCUGGGGCCAAGUGGUUAUCCAAGGUCAAGAGAGGACAGGUCGUACCUAAAGAUUCAACGCGACUAUCAGUCGUCCAUCUCAGUCCUUUGGGAUCUCAGCUCAGCUUCAACAACGCCACCAGGAUAGAAAACGUGGUGGACUGGGAGGUGAUCGCGAAGAAAUACCGCGCACUUACCAGAGACGAGCCUGAGGAACCACAAGCAGUUGAAAAUGAGGCUGACACCGCAGACGAUGUGUCGGAAAUCGUGCCUAACAACAUAUCCGCAGCACCGCCUUGAACUUAUACUUUUAUUCAUUGAAGGCGGCAUAAUUUUAUCUUUAAAAAGUUUUUAUUUAACAAAAAAUAUUACACCCAAUUCUUCAUGUAGUAACAGUAAAUACCAUAAGAAUUGCCACGCAAAGACAUAGAACAGAAAA